GACACGGUGAAUGCGGGGCCCGCGGAGAGCCGACACGGUGAAUGCGGGGCCCGCGGAGAGCCGACACGGUGAAUGCGGGGCCCGCGGAGAGCCGACACGGUGAAUGCGGGGCCUGCGGAGAGCCGACACGGUGAAUGCGGGGCUCGCGCGGAGAGCCGAUAUAGCGAAUGCAGGGUCCGGGGAGAGCGGAUAUAGCGAAUGUAGGGUCUGGGGAGAGCGGAUAUAGCGAAUGCAGGGUCUGGGGAGACCAGAUAUAGUGAAUGCAGGGAUCCGAGGAGACCAGAUAUAACGAAUGCAGGGUCCGGGGAGAGCCGAUAUAGCGAAUGCGGGGUCCGGGGAGAGCGGAUAUAGUGAAUGCGGGGUCCGGGGAGACCGGAUAUAGUGAAUGCAGGGUCCGGGGAGACCGGAUAUAGUGAAUGCGGGGUCCGGGGAGAGCAGAUAUAAGUGAAUACAGGGUCCGGGGAGAGCGGAUAUAGUGAAUGCGGGGUCCGGGGAGACCAGAUAUAACGAAUGCAGGGUCCGGGGGGGGGGGAAAGGGUCCGGACUGGAAGGGGGGGGGAAAGGGUCCGGACUGGAAGGGGGUGGGGGGGUGUCCGGACUGGAAGGGGGGGGGGGGGGGGAAAGCGUCCGGACUGGAAGGGGGGGGGGGGGGGAAAGUGUCCGGACUGGAAGUGGGGGGGGGGGGGGAAAGUGUCCGGACUGGAAGGGGGGGGGGGGGAAAGUGUCCGGACUGGAAGGGGGGGGGGAAAGUGUCCGGACUGGAAGGGGGGGGGGAAAGUGUCCGGACUGGAAGGGGGGGGGGGGGGGGGGGGGAAAGUGUCCGGACUGGAAGGGGGGGGGGGGAAAGUGUCCGGACUGGAAGGGGGGGGGGGGGGGGGGGGAAAGUGUCCGGACUGGAAGGGGGGGGGGGGGGGGAAAGUGUCCGGACUGGAAGGGGGGGGGGAAAGUGUCCGGACUGGAAGGGGGGGGGGGGGGGAAAG